CCGGAAGUAGACGAUACCGACGAAGCGUUCAAUCGGCCAAGUUUUAGGCUGUGACUCAACUCAACUCAACUCAACUCAGUUUGUCAGUAUAAGAUGUCGCAACCGUCUACACCAAAAACUCCCCCAAUGUCUCCUUUAGGGGCCAAAGAAGAGAGCCAGUUGUUGAUGUACUUUCAAUUUCUUAGUCAGUUUUCCUUUGACAAGGCAAAGGAUCUCAUGGAGAAAGAAAAGGAGAUACAUAAAGCAUCAUUUGGGUCAUCUUGGGCACUGAUGGUUCAUUCUCUGAUACAGUUCUCUGUGGCCGAGAAGACGUAUAUGUCGCUGGGCUUCCUUGAACAGAAAUGGUUUGGUAGGGCUAAAGAUUCAUUAAGGAACUCUUAUUUUUUGUUACUCGGAGAACUAAGGCGAAUUGAGGAAACGGUAAAACAACAGGAGCACAUUGUGCUUGGUCUGCCUGGUCCUAUGGUGGAGUUUGAACUCCUACUGUCACAUUUGUGUGGUCAGCUGUGUGAAUAUAUCAGAGCUCGACAGAGGACAAUGGAUUUCUAUGAACAGAUAAGUACUAUGGGAACCAACAAGAACAUGAACUACGAAGAUCUUGUUGAUGUCAUUGCUGAAAUUAUACAUGUACACAGCAAAAACUUCCAUCAUCCGAUACUUGCCAACCUAAAAUCAAGUUUCACAUGUGAAUGUGACGUCAUCAACCAUUUAUUACAGAGCCAGAUUCUGAUGUCACAGGCCCAGUUCCUUCAGUCAUUGUUACAGUUACAUCAGGCUCAUAGUAAACUCACAAGUUGGGGAUCAGCAUCACAAGCCAAAGAGACAACAAAGAAAAGUAUGUUUGGUCAUUCGUCAAAGACUGUAUCAGCAUGGCCAGCUCUGUAUCAGUGGUUGCUAAGAUACAAGAGUUUACUUGUUGCCAAGUUCAGCCUUUAUUUCUAUGAUGUACUUAGCAAGCAGACGACACCUGUUGAAAUGAAAUCACUGUCAUCCAAAAAUGUUGAAGACUAUUCUGCAAAGAUUUUAGCUUUCCAAAAGAAAACUGAUGCUUUGAAUGUAUCCCUGGUUCUCGACACUCAGGAAAUAGAACAUGUAUAUAAAGGGCCAGGUUACCACCACCCAGAUAAACAGUUUGAGCAGGCAACAGGACUGGAUAGUUACCCAGCUAUAUACUCAUACCCUGGGGAGUACCCUGCCAGUCACUGGCCCAAUGUGGUGAUGAUGAUAAGUGAUAGGACCAUAGAAACUGAUAAAGUAACAUGUAUAUAUGACAAGGGUGUUCAGAGUACAUACUUCAUCACAUGUGCAGAUCCGAAGAUUUAUAUCGUUGUAAUAUACGAGAGUAAGAAAUCAGAGAAAGACUCCUAUGUGAACAGUUUUAUGACGGAACUUGGCUCUAUGUUAAAAUGUGCAAAACAUUUCGCAAGUUUAAAACCUGGUUCAAGAGGUGCAUCGAGAAAAUGAUCAAAUUCAGUUUGUUUGUUUUUUGACCUGUAAGAGUGUUCUGAUAGACCAAAUACCUUACUGGAUGUGUAUUUUUCUGAAUGUUCAAAAACACAAUCCAAGAGACUGGUCAAGAAAAUGUUCAAAAUCAGAUUAAGAAAAAGAAAUUUUACCAUGUGAUAGUGGGAAUUGCAAGUUACACUAUUUUAAGUAGAAGAAAGAUGAAAUUGUGCAAUAAUAAAGUGAAGUAGAUGUUUUGAAAUGUGUCAUUUGGUUUAAGAUAAUGGACAGUAAUGACACUCGGCAAUAUCAUUGCGAUAACUUAUUCUUCAAAUGCUAUUUUUGACAUUCUUCAGCCGAAAUAGAACAUUUUUAUAUAACAGCCGGAAAACACUGGAAUUGCAUACAGAAAAUAUGCAAUGAGAUGAGAGUAAGGUGUGCUGAUUAUCAUUACAUGUCCACUACCUUAACGAAUGACCAGAGUGACUGUGUGCACUCGGUUUCUGAUGUUGAACCAGGCAGCGUUUCUGUGAUAUUUGUUAUGUGCUUUUUACCUUCCUCUGUGUAAAUUAAACAGACAUUAAAUGCAAGAUUUAUGUUCAAGAUUUUAUUUUAUUUCUUGUGCUAGACAACGCCCUGGAAAACUUCUAAACAAAGUACAUUUUAUACUUUUUAUGUACUGGACUGGAAAUUAAUGUAAUGUUGAAUAAUGUAAAGUUGAGAACUUCCAGACUUUGAAAAAAAAAUUUCAACAAGUAAUUUUAGUAUGUAUUAGCUGCAUAAGUAACACUCAUAGAAUAAUCAUUUAGAAAGGAUUUUUUUUUUCAAGUAUAGAAUGUUUUCUAUUUUCAGAUUUAUACAAUUACUUGAAAAUACAUCACCAUGCUAAUAGA